AUUUAUCUCCGCCACCUUCUUUAUAUCCUUUCUACCUCCCACAUCCCCACUAUAUCCUCAUCCAUCGCCAGGUUUACCAGUGAUUGAUGAUGAUGAAGGACGAAUGGCUAACGGCCGCGAUGACGGAUGACGCGGUGGUGGUGGAACUUUUGUUCUCCCUCAAGCGCUCGUCGGAAAAGUGCACGCCGCCGCGACCGCAGCUGCAUCCGGACGGGAUUAAGUUAUUUCACAAGCGGUUUCCUUCUCCGGGCAAUUGGGGUCACCGCCAGCCAAGAUCAAAGCCGGCGACGACGGUCAGCCGCAAAGAGUCCGGCUCUGGAACUGACGCGAGGUACAGCCCCACAACUCCGCUCUCGUGGAGCGGCGCCGCAGCUUCACCCAGCGACGGCGGCUAUGACGAGUCCAGCCAUCUUCCGUCUUCUUCUGAUCUAACCUCCUCCUUCAGAUCCAAGGUUGCUUUCACUAAUGUAACCAGCAAUGUUGGAAAAUCUAUCAGUGGUCUUAGAAAGAGAAAGGCAUUCCUUAUGGAUGAAGAAAACUCGAUUCUUAAGGGAAAGAAUCUGGCACCUCUUUGUGGGAUCCUUAAUCAACAAAAAGACAGGAUAGGAGUCAUGAAGAGGAUCAAGCAAUCAGUUGGUGAUAUAGAUGUCGGAGGGCCCCACAUGCGCACAUUACCAUCUGCUGUUACACAUUCAGCUCUGCCUAGACACACAGUAGUAGAUAAUGACCUUGUACUAAUGAGACAGAAGUCAGUUGAGACGCGGGGCAGAGGCUUCAUCCUUCCAGAUCUAAACACGGCUCCUAUGGAAGAUGAUACAGACCUGGGGUGGAACUAAUAAAGCAUAAAUCUUCAGAGAAAAAUAACUGCUGUUUCUAUUCUUCGGAGGGUCAUUAGGAUGGCGAUGAUCAUGGGAUGGUCUGCAGAUUGCUUGCAAUCACAGAGGAGCUGUUUGAAGAUGGCAGUAGAUCACUGCAAGCCCCUCCACGUUUGGAGGUUUUGUAGUGUAGUACAUCAGUAUAGUGUAGAGAAGAUAUUGACGGCUAGUAAACCUAGUAUGUAGAAAAAUCUUGAUAAUUUGUUUAUUGAUAUCUUGUUGCAGUUUAUAGAGACAUGAAAUUAAAGUGAAACAAAAUGGAAGAAAAUUCCCCUACCAUUUGCAAUU